AAACGUGGGUGCUGCAGAAACGUGAGAAUAAUUGUUCGUCAAUGGCGUGCAUAAGGUAUUCCAUUUAACAGCACUUGGGCUACUACUUAUUUGAUGAUUCAGUUAACGAUGAACAUGAAAAGUUUGCCUAAUAAAUAAAAGGCUUUAUCCUUAUCUGUGCAAGGUAGACAUUUGAUUGAUUUUGUACUUUGUCAGUGUUUUUUAUAUAUUUUGAAGGUUAUUAUAGUAAAAGGCAAGGACGCCGGAAGGGCGAUGCCCAUAUCAAUCAAUAAGUUUUAGGUAAAUAAAGAACAAGAUUAUAUGACUCUACGUGCAACAAACUGCCUGGACCAGGGGUAAGCCUUUGUGCCUUCGGACCAUGAGGGCCUGGGUUCGAGUUCUGAGUUGGGGUAUUAAUUUCUGACAUUUACAUUUUUCAAAGAAAUUAUUCAUAGCCCAGAGUCGUAAAGUUGGUGGCUCCCCGCUCAUUGCCACCAGAUAGGGGUUAAAUAAUUUACAGUUAUCACCAUAAGCCCGCCAACCCGCGUUGGAAUAGCGGCGUGGGUCUAAGAUCCAUAUUCCAUCUAUAAAGAAGGUGGCCUGGCUCAGUUAAAUUAUAGUUAACGUGCAAACUCGUAGUAGUUAACGUGCUAGAAAAAGCCGGAUAUGUUUCUCCGCCGAUGGAGAAACUGUUAGUUUUAGUUGUUGCUUCACGCCGGAACGUCGGUUUUUAACUACACUCGAUUGCAAUCCAAUAAAUUAGAGAUUAUAGUGAUGGGGUCAGGCGCCUCUGCUCUGGUGGCCGAGACCCCUGGCACUGACCUCCGUCUGCCGGCGGCCGGGCUGCGCUUCACUGCGCAGGAGGUUCGCUCCCUCAACUCCUAUGUAGACACGCUGCAUGAGGAGGACCAGAAUGGUCGCAUGUCAUCGGAGACAGAGUGCGCAGUGGAGAGCCUCGUGCAGCGAAUAGUGGAUGGAGCCGGUCAGAGGGACCCUCGCUUCAAGUGCUGCCAUCUCGUCGCUCUACAUCGGGAGAAGAAGAUGCGCUCCCGAUCUCUCGAAUAUCUGGUGACACUGGACUCUUUGCCAGUGUUGAAUGACGGUGAAGACUGUCGACUGGUAGAAGGGCCCGUCGGCUACGGCAAGAUCAGACUGGGCGGUCGGGAAGCAGACAAAUGGGCCGACUUCAUUACUCCUGCUGGCUAUUUGUGUAGGGAUAAGGUUGUGGAGAGAUGGGUGGAGCUAAUCGCUCGUUGCGCUCAAUCGAAGGGCGGGGGAGCCUCGCGUGCUCUCAGCGCCAGCGUGCUUCCCCGUGCAAGGCCCUACACCUAUUGCUACUUGGAGAGGGCUUCGCACUUAGCGGCGUUGGAGCGACGGCUGGCGAUAGUGGAGGGUUGUGCGUGGGUGAUGGUGCGGGUGGGCGCGGGCGAGGCGGAGGCCAAGCUCGUGCUGGCAGUGCGCGCGGCGGGCUGCAGCGCGCACGCGUACACCACGCGAGUGCCUCUGACGCACCCGCUGGCCUUGCUGCACUACACCUGUGCUCAAGGGGGUUAUUACGCAGUAGCAGUGGGGCCUCCGUCAUCGACAGCGAAUGCUGAACGAGCGUCCAUAUGGCAGCUAUGGCAUCCGGCGUUAGAAGCUACUUUGGAUGCUCACACGUCUCACCUGUCCUCAAUGGCUAAGAUCUCCGGAGCUCUUAACAGCUUAGUUGAUAAGAUGCGGGAAGGAUGCUUUCAGGGUUCGGCUGCGCUGCUGAGCCGGUACGCGGCGUGGUGCGCGUACCGGCGGCGCCUGGACCGCUGCGCGCUGUACCGCAGCGCCGCCGCCCGCGCAGCCGUGUCUGCGCACGCCGCGCACCAUCUGCUGCUCAUCUUGGACAAUCUCCUCCACGUGUGUGAGCGAGGGGGAGUGGCCGGGUACGUGUAUCCCACGGAGAGGAGUUCCCUGGUGAGGCGAGGCGCCCGCGACACCGACUGGUCCCAGGACGCCGCCGCCGUCAGGAACUGUCUGCUCUACCUGCACAGGAUCGCUGCCCUAUUUUCAGUGGGCGAAGAUAUCCCCCAGUCGCCGGCGGAGAAGCUGGAAGCCGCACUCAUCAGCCGCUGGGAGGGGGUCUGUGGCCCCUCUGGAGGGGGAGUGACCAGUUACUCCCGGCACCAGCUCGUGUACCUCAACAGGCUCGUCAGAGAACUGAUCGCUUGCAAGAAUUUUGUCACUUAUGAUCAACACAGCAACUUCCGCGCCAAUCUGAUCCAAGCGACGUCGCAGCACCACGAGAGCAUCGAGGAGCUGAUCCACAUCCUGGCGAUCCUGCUGGAUCAGGCGCGCGACAUCUACUUCACUCUGCACACGCGCUCGCACGCCGUUGUGGGGGAGUUCGACAGAGAGCUUGCGGUCUAUAGGUCUAAGAAGUGGAACAAACUGAGGGACUACUACGACGCUUCGUCGGCGUGCCUCAUAGACGCUGUGAGGAGGGACCCCGACCUUCGGAGGGAAGACCUGAGUGACGAGUUGACGGUUAUGAAGAAUGUCUUGCAUUGGCUUUAUAAAGGUGCUAAAGAAGACAAGAAAUACCUAGGGCCGGUACUGAAGCCGUUCCUCGGCGACUUGCACAUGACUGCAGCUGAGAACUCCUGGUUCCUCGAGGACUUCGAAGCUAAGAAGUGUGCUAGAGAGUUCGAGGGAUUGAAGGACUAUUGCUUAGGGGUCCACGAGGGUUUGGAGCCGUGCGUUGGACUGUUGGACGCGGCGAAGAAGUUCACUUGGGCCAAGGCGUUGGUCGACCUUGUGGAUAGAUACCGCCACUUUGAGUUUCGUCUAGUGUUCCCGACUGGGGACGGGCUGGCGGUGUCGUACCCGGUGAAGCUGCCGUCGCGCCGGGAGCACCGGUCCGCGCGAGUGCUGACUCUGAGUCGACGGGACAAGGCGGAGGCUAAGCUGAGGCUAGCUAGGCGCUGUGUGCUGGCUGCCUUUACCUCAGUAUUGGUGGGCAGGCCACAUUCAAAACAGAUAUCAAGACAUGGAAGUACAGAAGAAAUCUUAGCCAGCGUCCAAAACGGCAGCUACUGGAGGAACACAACUAAACCCGACAUAAUACCAUCUAAUCAAGACCCAGUGUCCGACCUCCCAAAAGUGAGACGAAGGUCUAGACGGAGACGACCAGCUACGUCAUACGGGUUUCCAGAAAUUUCUAUCACUAGUCAAUCGGAUACUAAGACCUUGCGACGAAAGUAUCAUACUUUGAAGAGUCUGGUGUAUACGGAACCAGUGGAAAGUAUCAGGGAGUUGAGGGAACGGCCGCGGUCUGCGGGCUCUACCGUGAGGGACAAGGCGAUAACAAGACCGAGUAUACUGGAGACUUUGGACUUUAUCAAUGGAGUGAAGGAUGCUUUGUGUGUGGAAGAAUCUGGCACGUCAGACGCCGAGGACGGCGCAUGGUCGGUCCAAGACGAGUGGGUGAUCGGACAGGCGGCUCCCCUGACGCUCAUCGCGAGUCGCUGCGGUGGAGCUCUUCAUCUGACCCUGGGCGAUCUGCUGCAUGCUCUUCUGCUCCGAGGGAAAUUCACUAUCUUACAGGAGCUGUGCGCGUGGUUGGGCGAGUCCAGCGAGGGCGCGCUGUUCGCUCUGCACCGACUGUCGCGCGCCUGCCGCGCUCGCUCCACCGAACGGUCUACCGAUACGUGGAAGCUACCAGAAACAGACGCCACAGAGCAAGAACCCCCGCAGAGGUAUCGCCCGAAGCCACCAGACUACAUGUCUGGAGACGAAGCUCCUCAGCCGCCGCCCUUGCCGCGACGAUCUAGUAGAGAUAAGAAGCUCAACCGUUACCCAGAAAUAUCACCACCGAUCCAAAAAGUGGAACACCAAAUGAGACAACUCCAACUAGUACCACCCAGACUCACCCAAAACCCACCCAACCCUUUAAACCCCACCCAAACCCAAUACACAGGCAUCAUUAACCCCAUAUACGACAUAAAAAUACCAAGAGACAAAUUCACAGUAAAACGAACAAAAUCACUAGGCAGGACGUUCAGUACGCGUAACUUAGGUUUAGAAAUAACUAGAUAUAACCUAACUCUAGGUCAUAGGAAUGGUAAGAGAACUAACGACGUAGUUACUGCCAUAAAGGAUACUACGACAGAGACGGGUCUAGAUGUUAAGAGUAAUUUUUUUCAAAGAUACAGUACGAGCAACGUCGUCGGCGAUUCUUAUAGGAUUAGCAGGAUUACUAUUGAUUAAGUCAAAGACAAGACAAUACAGAUUAGAGUAAGGGACGCGCACUACUAACAGUCGUGUUUAUAUUCAAUAGUUUCGAUUCGUCGUGAUUGGUACUUGUGCAUUAUAAUAUCACUAUGUAUCACACGUUCCCUGCGGCACUGAUUUUUCUGUACUUUCCCCUGGUGCGGUACGAGGUUUUUUGACCUCGUACUAAAUCUGUCUGUGGUGCGGAACGAGGUUUAUCGAGCUCGUAACUCUAGAAGACGCUAAAAGCUUUUUCUGCUCCUGCAAGUGCGAGGUCAAUUGACCUCGCACCGCAGCGAACGUGUUAAUUGAUUAGGAAACCCGUCUUAAUAAUUUAUAUCCCUAUGUUGUAAAUAUCAGCAAAAUAAAUAACAUAAAAUUAAAAAUUUUGAAAAGCUCCUUGAAGGUCAUUUAAUUACCCAGAAUAAAGACUUUUAUACCAGAAAUUCUUUUUAUGAUCAUGUGUGUGCCGGAUCAAAGAAAAUUGUUCAUUUUCAUUUCAAUAUGAAUUGGAUUUCCAUGUCCCAAUUUUCCCACCACCAAUUUUCUCAUCAAACGAAGCUAUAUUUUCUUGCAGUACGCUUUAAUUUGAGACCCACUCGACUAUAUUUGCAGACACUGGGUUAUUCUUCCCCACUUUCACCCCCACAAAGUUUAAAGAGCUCAACCGAUUUUCUUCAAAUAUGUCUAAGAACACUGGCACAAUUUUUUUGUAAUAAAUCACUUUUAUUACAAAAAAAACUAAAUUGAUCGCUUCAUCCGUUUGGUAGCUAUGGUACUACAGACGGACAGAAACGUCAAACUUAUAAACAAAUAUCGAACGGGUUCAAAGUGAUCAUGUUUAGUUCUGUAACGAUCAUUUUCGGACAGACUAUCCUAUCUAGACACACCUAACCUGGACCAAAGAGUUUUUAUACAAAAAUUAAUAUUAAAUACCAUCGCUUAUUAUCAUUCGUGCGCUGUAGCAUGGUACAGAAAACAUAAUGGUGCUGGUGACAGUUCGUUUCACUCUUGAAAAUUUGCCGCGAUUCGCAAUGAAAUUACGUAAUAAGAACGUCUUAAGAGUGUGCAAUAUGUAAUUUGGUGGUUACAAAUGGUUCUGGAUCUCAGAUUCUGGAAAAGUUAGGAGCCUGAUAUUUGGGUAAAUGAUAUUUCAAAGUGUUAGCUUCGUUAUGACUAUACAAAAUACACAAUUUGUAAAACUUUUCUCGAUAGUUUAUUUUUUUUGAAAAAUACAUGUUUUGCUCACAUUUUGCUUUCAAUCUCAGGAAAAGCAAA